AUGACGGACUUCGCAGAUGACAACUCUCUGGAAGACUCCUCUCAAGCUGGCUACAACGCUGUGGAGACCUACCAGGAUUCCUAUGCCAACCACCGGGAGGAUGACGAGACCUACGGUGACGAUGAUGCAGCAUGGGAAGACGACCAGCGAGAGCGGGAGAUCGAAGAAGAGGUCGUGAUCUGGUAUGCCAGCCAGAACAUCGAUGCGCAGACAUGUGCGCAGGAAGACUUGGAGCUUGUGGUCGACGCUGUGGAGGUUGAAAUUUCGGCCUACUACAACCGUAUGCAGGCUGAACAUCGUGGAGUCACCAGCCCGGCCAACAGUUCCAACUAUGCUGGUGGAUCAUCGACUAUGUCAAGCCAAGAACGUCAAGCCAAAGUUCUAGCUGCGAAGCAACGAUCUCACUGUCGAGCAUGCGGGCAACUUGGUCGUGGAAAAGGAUUUGGAAAGAAAGGCAAAGGAGGCAAGUUUGGGAAGGCCAAAGGUGACUAUGGAAAGUCUCGUGGAAAAGGUGGAAAGAAGGACAAGCCAAGAGUGGUCUACUUCGCUGUGGGUGAGGCCAGUGGCAGUGGCGAUGGACAUUGCUACAUGGUGCUUCAUUCGAGCCUAGACGAUCCUGGGACACCUACAUCUGCAGAAGGACGCCUGGAUGGACGCCUCGAUGCAGAGCAGCAAGGAGCCUUGGAAGCCGAAGUGCAGCGUUUGAUGCAGCUUUCGAGGGAUGAGAUUGACCGGAGACUUCAACAGGAGUUGGAAUUCAUGCCCCCGGUUUCGAAGGCUGAAGAGCCCUACACCUAUGCCGAAGUGAGCCUGGAGAUCCAACACCUGGAGACAGAGGAGUGUGUGCCCACCGGAACACUACGAGAAGAGGAAGCAAUCAGAUCUACGUCAGUGGUCAUUGAGGCUGACGAGAACACCGGCUACAACAUCAACAACGAGGCACAGGGCGAGUUCUUGCAUGUGGUCAACGCCACCUUGCUGUGCUACAAGACUCUUGGAUCGACCUUCACUCAGGCUAUGACAUCGAUGCCAGUGGCAAAGGCAUCACCAGGAGCAAGAUCUACGACAAGUGCGGCAAGAUCUACAUCGAGCGUUGGAACUUUGAGGACUGAAGCCGGAGGAAUCGGUGGAUCCAACAUGAUCACCUUCGAACGCUACAAGGGCUACACUUUCACAGAUGUCUACGAGAUGGACGCUGGGUACGUGCAGUUUGCACUGGAUGAGCGUGCAAAGGGAUCUGCCUAUUGCACCAACAUGCAGAGGUUUCAGGACUACUGCAUGCGGCGACGGGAAUCAGAAGGCAUCUCAGUGGCCUACAUGGUGGACGAUGAGUUCGCAGUGAGCGGACCGGAAGAUGACGAUGUGCUGAUGUACUUGGACAGUGGUUGCAACUCCACAUGCCACGGCCAGUACUGGAUGGAGAAGUUUGAGGAUGCCACCAACUAUCGGCCACAAUGGAUGUCCCGAGAGCGCAAGAACCUGAUCGGAAUUGGCGGAGCUGCCUUGAGCUUGGGCAUCAGGAAACUCUACAUCGCCCUGGAAACUUUGGAAGGAUACAAUGUCCCCGGCAUCAUCACUUCGAUUGAGAUCGAGGGAUCUCAUGUCCCUCUUCUACUUUCACUUCAAGCUCAACAAGACCUCGGCAUGGUGAUCGACUUGGUGGAAGGCACUGUGAAGUCUCGGACCUUGGGAUGCACCUUCAACGCAGUUCGAGGACGUCGCAACAGAUUGAUCGGACUUCGCUUGACCUCUGGUGACUUCAUGGACGACGGUGCCACGAUCCCAGUGAGUCUCAUAGCAGAGGCUGAUGAUGGAGACCGAGAGAUCGAGAUCAAUGGAGGAGGCAUGCAAAGAAGCCGACAGGAGUCAGCUCGUGGAAGUGCAGAUCCACCGAGCUUUGAGACCUACAAUGGCCUGGAGGACUGGACAGAGGAUGACGUCUUUCCUCCAGCACCACAACCACUACUAGAGACGGAGGAUGAUGAGUUCGUCUAUGUGGAGGUGGACGUGACGGAUGAUGAAGACGAUGAUGUCAUCAUCACCGAGGACAACCCAGAGAAUGCCGAGUCCAAAGAGGAAGAGAAUCCGGAGCGUCGAGAUGAGUCGACUCAGGACAUCAUCAAUGAGCUCGAGGCGCUGCCCGACGAGGUCUUCGACGCAUUCCCGGACGAGCUCUUUUUACCUGGAGGUGGAGACGGAGAUGGAUCGCCGUCGAGCCCUACGUCUCAGCGACACCCUGAGGAGGACGAGGCAGACUGUUGGGAGCUGAAGGAUGACCUGGUGAUUCGACACCACUUCACACCCAGGAAGCAGUUCUUCAACCCGAAGGACGCUGAGCUGUCCCUUCCCAUCGAUCUGAACCGUCUCAGUUCAACCAGAUGGACUUUUAUGGAAUACCUGGACAAGGAGGAGAAAGACACUGAGAUCGAUGAGUCGAAGGAAAAGCCAUCAACUGAAGGACGAGAUCGGGUGUGGGUUGGAACUACGGAAUUCCGUGUCAUCCCAAUCGAUGAGGAGUUGAAGACCCUGAGGAUGUCUUGGGAAGAUGGGCCUAAGAAGGUCAUGAACAGAGGCCAGCGCAAGAAGAUCCGCGCUGAGGUGCAGGACAUUGAGAAGGAGGACUACGCCUUGUGGAGUGUUCUUGGACGUCAACGCCCAGCUAUGCCACGUGGAUGGAAAGCUCUUUUGGAGUUGUUCGCUGGUGCAGCGGUUUUGACCGCGACCUUUCAGGCUCAGGGCUGUGAGUGCUGCCAACCCUUGGACAUCAGAUCUGGAUGGAAUGUCUUCGACAACGAGCAGAGGAAGCAGGUUGAACACACCAUCGAGCGGGCAAAGACGCCACCAGGUCAGUUCUCCGCGGACUGGGGCCUGCUAAAAGAUCUGGCUGACAGGCCUAUUGAUGCAGCGGCGAUGAUCAUUUGUGGGGUGUACUUUAUGACUCGUGAAAUUGAGUUCUCAGGAGCCAUUCAGCAUGAACUGACCAUACUUCCUGAUGCUUCCAGUUGUCAGCUGCUACUGCCGGUUUCCAAGAAGGAUCCCAAUGCGUGCGGAGUGGUGGGAACAGUGGAAUGCAUGUGUGAUCUGUUGCCUGUUUGUCCAUCGUGCUACUUGCAAGGCUAUCUGGAGCGAUUGAGCCGUUUAGGCAAGGAGCUCAGCAUCGAUGUUGACCCCAUGCCUUUGUUUCCAAACCCAGUCGGAUGUGCGCUCACGAAGCGCCAGGUGAAUGAAAUGGUCAGAGACAUUGUGAAAGGCUACAUGCCUGGGGCUUCUAACGAGGCUCUAUCCAGGGGUUCUCUGGACACUGCUUGUGUAUUGCUGGCGCAAGACACUAUUCAGAACUUGGCAUGGACCCUCUGA